AAAACUUUCUUAUAUCAAUCAAAAGUUCAGUCAAAAUAGUGUUACAUUAUACGAGCUCAGAUUUCAGAACCGAAGCGCGCGUAACAUGCAGUCUACUCAUAAGGCGUUCAUUCGCCUCUGAAAUACUCACACUAUUAUAGUACUGUAUAUGUAUACCAUCUACCUAGUAUCAUUCUACAGUGCGGUGUGUGAUGUGUAUUUCUAUAUAUAAAAUAAAUACAGCCAGCGCAUGUGUGAUAUGCGCUCAGCUGGCUGAUCAGCGAUAUUCAGCAGUGUACAGAGAGUGUAUUAUAGAUUUGUCAAAGGCAGCAGUCGCUGUUGGGCGAUUACUCGAGGCGCACUUGACAACUUAAUAUUACCAAAACAUUCGGGUGUGUGCGCGAACUUAUGUGCGUCUGUGGACUGAGGAUCUGUGUGUAUUAAAGCGAGGGUGGGCCAUCGUAUAGUCGAUAGCAGUUUAUUAUUUUAUUUAUAGGGAGGCUGUCGCCCAAGCAACGCAAUCAAGAUUCGCCAAUUAUUCCUUCGUGCGUUGUCAUCGAUUUUCAACAGAUUCAAGAUGCCCAACGAAUUAACCAUCGAAGACAUACGAAUUUUGAAAUCUCAACAUGUGCACAUGAAAGACGAAUGUUUGGUUCUACAAAAAAUCAACAAAAUUAUUCGCGAAGGCUCGAACAAACUCCAGGUUGUGUCAGAUUUCGAUUUGACUUUAACAAAACAGCAUGAAAACGGAACACCAAUCCUUAGUAGUUUUGGCAUUUUUAGAAAAUGCAAGCAACUGCCUGAUUCUUACAAAGAUGAAACAAGAUUACUGUAUGAAAAAUAUAGACCAAUUGAAAUUGACCCAAACAUACCAAUGGAAACAAAAAUUAGUGCAAUGAAUGAAUGGAUGACAAUAUCUCACAAAAUGUUACAAGGCCUAGAAUUUGAUAGAAAAGAAAUAGACGAAGUAGUCGAUUUACAUGGUCACUCUCUAAGAGAUCGUACCAAAGAGUUAUUUAGUAAACUGUGGACUAAAAAUAUUCCAAUCCUUGUGUUCAGUGCAGGAUUAGGUGAUAUUGUAGAAGCUUUAUUAAGGCAUCAAGGAGUCUUGUAUGAUAAUGUUAAUGUCAUAUCAAACUUUUUACAAUUUAAUGGAAAUACACUAGGUGGUUUUAAGAACUCAAAUAGAAUUUUACAUGUUUUUAAUAAAAAUGAGCAUGCAGUAGAAAAUGAGUAUUUCAAGAUUAUCAAAGGUCGUUCUAACGUAGUAUUGAUGGGAGAUACUCUUGGUGAUGCUCUUAUGGCUGAUGGUGUAGAAAAUACUGAAACCAUUCUCAGAAUUGGCUUCCUUUAUGAACAUGUUGAAGAAAGCUUACCACUAUUUAAAGAUGCUUUCGAUAUCGUGUUAGUGGAUGACCAAACUAUGAAUGUAGUUUUAGAUAUCCUUAGUUCAAUUUUGUAACGAAAUUAGUUACAGUUUAUAAGAAAUGAAUUAUUAUAAAUAAAAAGUUCCCAAAAAUUUUUUUGGAAUAGACUUUGUACAUUCAUGUUUUAGUAAAUCAUAAGCAUUAAUAUCUUGUAAAUUUGUAUAUUUUACAAGUAUACAUGUGAUUGUAAUAAUUUAUGUAAUAGUUAAAAAUCAGAUAUAUGCAACAGAGAAAUAAUUGAAGACUGUGGUCGUAUAAAAAUUCAUAGAAGUAAAAUUAAAAUUAGUUGAAUAAUUAUUGUUUCGAAAAAUCAAAUAUUUCUUUGCAAGCAAAGAUUUUUUUGAAUGAUGAUGUUGAUGUAUCAUAUAGUUGUAUAUUAAUAUUUAGCACAAAUUUUAAAGUUCUAAUUAUUUUGUCAGAUUUUAU